AAUUUUAUUUUUUGUUCAGUUGUCUUUGCUACAUUUAUCGCUUUUUAAAUUACAGAUUUAUUGUUAGUAACUGUUGAUUUGCAUUUUAUUGUAGUUAAUGUUGCUUUGGUGAUUGGCAUACGAGAUUGCCAGAUGGUGCAGCAUCCCAAGUGGCAGCAUACUGUCGCUGUACUAGUUCCUCGUUUCCCUGUUUAAUCGUUAAUCGAUGAACGUGCAAUAAUUUUCUCACUCUCCUCCGCAUCGCCAUUCUGUAGUAUUACGCCCGUUGAUUCCUGUUUCGAUUAUGGCGUGUCUGCGCUGCGUGAAGGACAUCCCCGACGUCGUGAUCGACGAGCAGACCGGCCAGGCCAAGUACGUGCAGAUCCGCAUCCAGGACCCCAGCGGCCAGUGCAAAGUCAUCGUGCGCAGCAGCAAGUGCGCCGAACUCCACAACGACAUCUUCGAGCCCAUCUACGUGCAGCUGCGGCAACUCGGGUGGGAGUGCGAGUGCCUGGGGGGUGGGCGGAUCUUCCGCGACAUCGAGAAGAAGAACAUGUGCGUGUACGGGUACUCGGUGGCCUUCGGGAUGGCCGACCACAAGCGCACGGUGGAUAUUUUAUCGAAAAAGUAUCCCCCGCCCACCACCAUCCAGUGGAGCAACGACGGAUACUGAUUGACGCGUCUCCACAAAUUCCCGGAAUUAUUCCCGUUUUCAAUGGAAUUUUUCCUGAUUUUUUCUCUUAUUUUCUCGCCAUGGAAAUUCGUUGUGGUAAUUUAUUUUUCUUUUUAUUUUGGGUUUGUUUACCACGUCGCAGGUUAUCUGGGAUGAUCCUUUUUUGUCGCCAUAAGCAGUGAUAAAAUUAACAGAAAAUAAAAUCGGAAAACAGGA